GUUCGUCAAAGCUUGAGUUGACAGAGCCAUGAUGAACGUCUGAACUAGCCAAUCAAGCGUCGAGCGAUGAUGACGUCAUGAGUUGGGAAGUUGGUGAGGGUGACGUCACGAGGAGGAAAGUACCAGUGUGGAGGUGUGAGAGUGUCAGUCAGCAGCUGUGCCUGGGUCAUGGUGCGGGGGCCGUCAGUCACUGGAUAAACCAGGCUUCAGUACGGGAACAGUGAGCCAAUUUGGAGUGCAGAAUGUCCCAGCGACCGCUCAAAAUAACAGUUGUGGGCGACGGUUACGUAGGCAAGACCAGCCUCCUAGUGUCCUACACCACCGGCAAGUUCCCAGAGGAGUACAUACCAACAGUUUUUGACAACUACACGGGGAAACACACGCUUAUGCAGCGAACCUAUCCCAUAACGCUUUGGGAUAGUGCAGGCCAGGAAGACUAUGAGCUCCUCCGUCCCCUCUCGUAUCCUGGGACAAAUGUAUUCAUUGUCUGCUUUGCUUUGGAUAACCAUAAUAGUUUUGAAAAUGUUACUUCAAAAUGGCUGCCAGAACUCCACCAGAAAUGCCCUAAAGCACCCAUAGUUCUAGUUGGUGCUGCUAUAAAGUAUCGGACAAGUGGUGCAGGCUGCUGCAGGGUGCUGCAGGGUGCUGCAGGGUGCUGCAGGGUGGUGCAGGGUGGUGCAGGGUGCUGCAGGCUGCUGCAGGCUGCUACAGGCUGCUACAGGCUGCUGUAAGGUGGUGUGUAAUACCAACUAAUCCACCCGUAACCUUCAAGGCUGUAUUUUGUUGUUGUAAUGCCUCAACUGCUCCAAGAACACAAAAGGAGUAGAACUUUGUCUUACUACCCAGUUUCCUUUGUCAAACUUCUUCCAUGUUAAAGUAUCUGACGCCUUUAAUGUCUUCAUAUUGGCACGGUAGUAUUCCACUAUACUAGAAUAAUUCUGCAUAUCUAAUUCAAAUAUAUAUGGAACAAUUCGUGCUAGUACAGAUCUUUCUAAGAUGAUUAAACACUUCAUCACUGCCAUGAGAAUUGUCAUUGGAUGUAAGAAAAGUGUUUUCUUAAAUCUUUCUGGCUCGUUCCAGUUUCUUAUUUCAAUUCCCGUCCUCUGUUCUUCACCCGUUUAUUCAAAACAUUGUUUUAUUGUACUUUGUCAAAAUCGCGAAGAAACUUAUAUGUUGUGAUCAUGUCGCAUCUUAACCUCUGUUCUUCUAACGACCUGAGAUAUAUUCCCAUCAGGUUUUCUCCAUAGCUCAGUAGUCAAUGCCCAGAGACCCUUGGACUUUCUCUAUAUUUCCUUUGUAACUUUUCAGGGAGGAAUUUAACAGUGAGGUAACAUAAUAACGUAGACCUGUCUAAAGUUAACAGUGUGUAUCAUCCUUGGCAUCAUCCUUGACUUGCAGCCAUGUAUGGCGCCCUACAGCCACAGUUGUUUUGAUCAACCUGUAAUCUUCAGAUAAUAUUUGUUUUAAUUUAUCUCUCCAGUUUGUAUCAUUGCGAGACAUUCACAUAGAGGAUCUUACCAGGGUUAUAACGUCACUACAUAUGUAAAAACAGAUCUUAUUAUUAAUUUCUUAAUCCCGACUCCUUCUUUCUCAAAUUUGAUCUUUGUUUCCUGACGGAUUGGAAAUCUUUCACUAAACUCAAAACAUGGUCAAUUACCCAAGUUUGUGUCUUAACUGUGAACAGAAUCUUCCUGUGUGGAACCGUGUCAAAGGCUUUUGACAUACCAAGAAAAUGAAGUCAUCCAAUCCUCUUCUUUCAUGUGUAAUCAAUGGCAUAUUACUACAAAACUCUAGCAGUUUUGUUGUACACGGCUUCUCUUCUGAGAACAAAAUGUUGAACCUCCGACACAAAACUUGUAUGUUCUAGGUGUUCCACUUGUCACUUUAUGAUAUAUUUUUUCUAGGACCUUUGCCAAGCAUUCAUAUCAACGAAUCUGUCCUGUAUUUUAGUACAUUCUGAAUAUUCUCCUCCAUAUAACAUUAGCAUCUUUCCGAUUGUCUGGUAGUUCUCCCCUCAACAUUGUUACAUUACAGAUUAUUGAAAGGGGUUUGCAUAAAGCCCCUUUUGUGGUGUUUAUUCUACCUGUGUUGCUGUUGUUCACUGCUGACCUCCGCACAACCACUACCACCACGUUGUUCCAGCUGUUUCACCAUAGGCAGGGUGAUAGGGGGAGUUGGAGGUCAUUCGAAUAUAAUGGACCUAUCUUUCCUCUAUUUUUUGUUCGAUAUAACUGUAAAAACGAUUUAGGCUCUGUCUUUGCUUGCCUUGCUAUGCAAACUUCAUAGUUUCUUUUUGGCCCGCAUUAUCUCUUUUUUAAACAUUUCAAUCCAGUUGGACGAGUUCUUGUUCUAAACUGAUUUCCCAUUCUUAAUCCUUUUGUACCAGGCUAUAGUGUUACUUAUAAGGUUCAUCAGAUCCAUUGUUAUCCAUUUCGGGUCAUUAUUAUUCGAUCUCUUCAAUUUGUAUGGUAUACUACGUUCCUGUGCUUU